AUGGUAUCUGCAAACUCUGGUGCUUCAAUCCCCGAUGUCAUUGCCGUGGGAAGUGAGCACGAGGAUGUUUCACAGUGGCAGAAAAGGUGUGGCAUCGACAAGAAAAACCAAGUUCGACUCAUGAAGUUGGCUCAUGUGCGGUAUCAGCAUCCUGAUCUCGAUGAAAUCACAAGAUUCCUUGAGGACUUCGGCAUGACUGUAGUUAAGAAAACAAGUCAUGAAGUUUGGUAUCGCGGCUAUAGUGAAGACCAAUACGUCUAUUAUGCUUGUAAAGGGCCGAAGGGUUACCUCGGGGCUACUUUUGCCGUGGAGUCUUAUGCAGACUUGGAAAGAGCAACUCAACUCCAAACCGCCAGUGGAAUCCAGCAUCUCUCGGACGCUCCGGGAGGCGGAUACCUUGUUACAGUCAAAGAUCCUGAAGGGUUUCCGGUCAACCUCAUCUUCGGCCAAACUCCAGCAACAAAAGGGAUCGUUCCUGAGAAGCUCCUUGUCAAUCACGAGGAGGAAAAAAGCCGUGUGAGGAUGUUCCAAAGAUUUACUCCUGGACCAGCUGCCGUACAUAAGCUUGGGCACUUCGGCCUCUGCACGCAGCGCUUCGAAAGCCUCGUCGAUUAUUACACCACAACCUUUAACAUAGUGCCAACUGAUUUUCUUUACGUGAAGAACAAGGAGGGGAAACGAAAUGUAGCACUCUUUGCCCAUAUCGACCGUGGCGAGGAGUAUGUGGAUCACCACAGUUUUUUCAUCAGUGCCAACACCACAACGCAUGUCCACCACUGCUCUUUUGAAGUCCAUGACUUUGAUUCUCAGAAGCUUGGUCAUCAGUGGCUUGCUGGUAAGGGUUAUAAAUCGGUCUGGGGUGUCGGCCGGCAUAUUCUUGGGUCCCAGAUAUUUGACUAUUGGUGGGACACCACGGGCAACAUGAUUGAACAUUACGCAGAUGGGGAUCUCGUGAACAAUCAAACUCCUAUUGGAUAUAGCCCUGCCGGCGAUGAAUCGCUUGCUGUUUGGGCUCCGGAACUUCCUAAAUGGUUCCUGAACUAG